CGCCCCGUCCGUGCUCCCCGCGCUGCUGAGAUCAGCUUCCUGCUUUUCGUUUCCCUCGGACCGGCGCUGUUACUCCUCCCCCGAAAGAGUUAUUUUCAUCGGUCUGGAGUUAAUGUCUGUGUGAGGCUGCGGGCUCUGUUUGAGACAGGCGAGCGCCGGGCUGGAGAAGCGGUGUCACGGUGGCCGUGGUGUGUUGCAGAGCGCCCGGAAUGUAGGCAGGAUGGCAGAAAACUCUUGUGUGCCAGCUCUGUGACCGGGAAGGCACAGGAGGUCACAGUAAUGAAAGGCAGUAGUAGGAAUAAGGAUCACUCAACAGAAGGUGAAGGAACUGGGAAGCGACCAAAAAGGAAGUGUCUUCAGUGGCAUCCCCUGCUUGCCAAGAAACUCCUUGACUUCUCUGAAGAGGAAGAAGAGGAAGAAGAAGAGGAAGAUAUUGAUAAGGUGCCGCUCCUUGGCCCUGAUGGUUUAGAGCAGGAUGCUGAUGAGACUGAAGAUGACGAGUCCUCAGAGCAACGAGCUCGCCGACCAAUGAAUGCGUUUCUCUUGUUCUGCAAACGCCACCGCUCUCUUGUGCGGAAAGAACACCCUCGCCUCGAUAAUCGUGGCGCAACCAAGAUCUUGGCAGAUUGGUGGUCUGUUCUAGAUCCAAAAGAAAAACAGAAAUACACUGACAUGGCCAAGGAGUACAAGGAUGCAUUUAUGAAAGCAAACCCAGGAUAUAAGUGGUGCCCCACAACCAACAAACCUGUGAAAACCCAGGCAUCGAGUGUUACGAACAGGAAAAAGCUAUGGGCCAUUGCAUCAGACUCUGCAAAAGACUUACCAAGCCCAAGGAAAGUAACCAAAAGUGAAGAAAUGCCACAGCUAAACUUUGGGAUGGCAGAUCCUACCCAAAUGGGAGGCCUGAGUAUGCUGCUUCUAGCAGGGGAACAUGCACUUACUGCACAAGAGGUUUCCUCCAGUACUUGCCAGUCUGAUACAUCUAAUUCUACAGAAGCCUGUCAGAAGUCAUCAUUGUUUCAGUUUGCAGAGAUCUCUUCCAACACGUCACAGCCUGGAGUCCUGGGGGCAGUAAAACAAACGGAGGAGUCUGCAUUGUUUCAGUUUGCUGAGAUCUCAUCAAAUACUUCCCAGUUGCCAAGUCCCGAGCCAGUAAAGCACUGUGGGAAGUCGGCACUCUUCCAGUUGGCAGAGAUUUCUUCAAGUACAUCCCAUUCAGGGCCUUCGGAUUUAACAAAACAGUGUGGAACAUCAGCAUUAUUUCAGCUGGCAGAGAUGUGCCUUGCUUCAGAAGGAGUAAAAGUGAAAGAACCUGGGAAAACAAAAGUGGAAGCACUGGAAGAUGAGGAAGGGGAAGUUUCAGAGGACAUGGAAGUAGAACUGGAGAAAACAACAGUAAAAGACUCCAGUAAUAGAAAAGUAGAACAAUCAGAGACAGAAAAAAUGCAAAACCCAGAUGAAACAAAAGCUGAGGAAUCAGAAACUGCAAAAUGCAGAGAAUUUACUAGUCUUGCAUUGGAAAACAGUCCUUUUGAGAGGAAGGAUAACACAAAGGAUCACGUGUGCCGUUCUCCAGAGCUUUUCAUGAGUGACAUGACUAUCCUUGGGCUAAAGCCAGAAAAGAUAAAGAAGAAAAAGAAAAAAAAUAAGUUGGACCGGCACACAAAUGAAAAAUCCACCCCCAAAAAAUCUUGUAAAAAGAGGCAGUCCUCCGAGUCGGACAUUGAAAGUGUAAUGUACACAAUUGAAGCCGUGGCCAAGGGGGACUGGGGUGCUGAGAGACUCGCGGAUACUCCCCGCAAAAAAAACCGCCCUGUCUCAAAUGUGAAGGGAAGCAUGUUGGAUACAAAAUCACCAAAGAAAAAAGUGAAAUCGAAAGAAAAGAAAACAUCAAAGGAGAAACCAGUGGAGACCACCAAAGAAUCCAAGCUUCCCGAUUUCCUAAGUAUUGAAGCCAGCAAGGAAGUACCGUGUGAGGCUUCUGAUAACAUUAAAGUGGAACCACUGACCCCAACAGAGGAGGUGGUACCCCAGAGCUUACCAGAACAGGUCAAAACUGAGGACAGUGACUGUGUUAAAAAGAUAGAAACCUGUGGCUCCAGGAAAUCAGAGAGAUCUUGCAAAGGUGCUCUUUAUAAAACUCUGGUGUCAGAGGGCAUGCUCACAUCUCUGCGCGCUAAUGUGGACAGAGGAAAAAGAAGCUCAGGAAAAGGUAACUCCUCAGAUCAUGAAGGAUGCUGGAAUGAAGAAAUCUGGGCCUUUUCCCCAAGUGGGACAAGUGGGAACAAGAAACUGAAAAAGACUAAGCCAAAGGAAGAGUUUGUUUUUGGCUUAGCAAAAUUGGAAGAAGAAUUUGCAAAGAAAUUCAACAGCCUCCCUCAAUACAGUCCUAUUACCUUUGACAGGAAAAAUUCAGCUGUUUCGAGGAAAAAGCGAAAGAUUGGAAGCGGCUCAUGUGAACUACCAAAAUCCAACAAAGGUUCAUUCCAGUCUCAGAAAAAGAACUUAUUCCACAAAAUUGUCAGCAAAUUUAAGCACAGAAAGAAGCUUAAUGUUCCGGACACAGCCAUACUAUUAGAAGACAGAAAUUCCAGUGAGGCUGCCUGGAAGAAUAAAAUUUCUAUAUCUGCCCUAAACACUCCAGAGCCAGCAAUGAUGCAUGAGCCUUUAGUUGGCAGCCAGAAAAGGAAAGCAAGGAAAACUAAGAUCACACAUCUUGUCCGAACAGCAGAUGGGCGAGUGUCACCAGCAGCAGGGACACUGGAGGAGAAGCCAAAAGAGCUGCCACAAAGUACUCUUCAAAAAUCAUCAAGUGCAGAAACGGAUUGCAACAGUGAAUGCUCCAGAAACACAGAGACAGAAGAAAAUCAUAGUAUUACGUCAGAUAUGCCAGCAGUGUCUGCAUUUUUUAGCUUAGCUGCUCUGGCAGAAGUAGCAGCCAUGGAAAAUGUACACAGAAGUCAGAGGGCCACACCUCUCCCACAUGAUGGACAGCCAAAUGAAAUGUCUCAGGCUCCAGUGCUUAUUUCCUGCGCUGACCAGUGAAGCUCCACUUUAUUGUAAAACAUUGUGCUUUACCUAAUAUCCUAGCCUUGUCUUUACCAAGGGAAGCUAGUCAGUCCAUAUGGUGGAACUAGAGACUGCAAUAAAGUGCUUAUUGCUCUGAGUGGCCCAGAAUUCACUGGAAGCCAGACGUUAGCAACUUGGGCCAGGUCCUCAAAUUGGAACCCAGUGUGUAGGAGGGUGAUAUUGUCUAUUAAUGAACUGAAAUGGAGUGGAAUGAAAUGGAAUGAUCCCAGAGCUUGCUUUCUAUUGAAGGCUUUUAAACAGUAAACAGGUGGUUGGUGUGAAAAAGGCUGCCUUUACUGUUAGCUCACACAGCAUCUCUUUUACCAACCAGAGAGUACGACUAGUUUCAUAUAAUAUCUAGUUAUUCUAAAUGAAAAAGAAAAAAAAAAAACAACAAAAACACUGACGCACUGCACUAGUUACUAUUAGAUAUUCUUAGUCAUUUUUGUACAUGAAGAUUUAAGUUCUAAGAUGGUUUAUAUUAAUAGGUUAUGCCUACGUUUAUAUUGUAGAAUGAAUUUAAAACCUGUUCCAGAGAACUCAAGGCAGCCUGGACAGAUGUACCAUUGUUAGCGGUGUUUGGGCAGCCACGUGGUCCAGAUGUUCUGCACUUUUAUAUUUGCCACCAGAGUGGUAGAGUUUACUGGGAAAAGUUCUGACAGGCUACGUUUGGGUUUGUUUCUUUUUAAUUUAGCUUUGAAUAACCAGGAUGAUGUGCAUUAGAAAAAGGUGUGGUGUAUGGAAAAGAAAAUACUGCAGAUAAUUGACUUGUCUUUCAUGCCUUGGAGGGUUCCUUUAUUUUUGCAUAGAUAUCUGAGCGACUUGGUGAAACUUUCCUGUAAACAAAAAGUACUGCAAAUGCGUUUUUCAAAAGUGACCUUAGUAUUAUUUCACAGUUCUGAAUAACUCAAAACCAUGACUUUUCAAUAUAGUGUACACCAAUACACAUACCUUUUACAUUUUACAGACACUGGCAUUGUUGUAGUUACUAUGCACAGUCCAAAUCAGCUUCACAGUUUGCAUAAAGGGCCAAUUGCAGUUUGUGUUGGUAAAGUGGAAAGCUGUAUACAGUUAAACUACAACUGAAGAGUAGCUAUUGACUGAAUUCAGACUACCAAACAGAUCCAUCUGCCAGUUUCUGUCUCUGCUUGUGUUGAAUUUUUGUGUUUUGCUAUCAUAAAUACAUCCCAAAAGCAGGCCAAGUGUAUCACUUGGCCUGUUACCUUCACUAUUCUGACUUACACUAUUGUAUAACCCAUUGAUUCCUACCAAUAGAUGCAAAAUGAUCACUAGUAAUUGAUCUAAAGCUACAAAUUCAACAGGGUACUUCUUCUAUAGCACAAGAUGUUUCCCUACUUUUUGCAUUGUAGCACAACAAUUUACCAAAUUGGACUCCAGCAAUAAUUUUCUAUUAGUCUUCGUCAUACUGGCUGAACUUUUGAUAGUAUUAGAUUGAGUUUGAAGUUCUUUGAAUUAAGUCUUUAAAUGAUGCAAGUUUACAUCAUUCUAUCAGGCAUUCUUAUUUAUACUUGACUGAAUUGAUAAUGUGUUUUGAGGUUAUUUUGUAACUAAUUUGAUGUAAUAGCCAUAUGGACAGUAACUAUUAAUGCUUGCUAGGUUUAGCCUUUCAUUGUUGUAGUUAAGUGAAAGUCUCUGGUUCAGUGUCAGGAAACAAUAUACAGUGUACCACAAGAGUUUUAAGAAAGGAUUCAAGGUCUGACAAAAGACACGUAGGGAAGUGUCACUGAAACAGCAACAUCAAGGAUGCAUGUGAUGAACACAGGGAACAGAAGAACAACAAAAUUUACAAACCAAUGAGUCAGUGAAAAGGCUUUUUUAAAAAUUCAGGUGACUAAAUGUCUAGGAGCCCCUAGAAUGCCAUUGCAGCUUAUGGUGGUAUUUUAAAUAAGAUUUUAUUAAAGUUUUAUAAGUUAUUUUAACAAGACGGGAAAAAUUUAAAAGACUUAAAACUUGUGGGUCACAGCAGGGUGGCUUUUGGAGUUUUGGACCACUUUAUAAUUAGCUGAAAUCCAAAUAUGUUACAGUGCAGGCCGUUCACGUUGACAAUGGUACUAACUUAUUUCUCUAGAAACCUUUAGAGUAGAUAUAUUUUUGUCAAAGCACCCCAUCCUUCCUCGAUUUAAAUUUCAAUAUUGUUCCUGGAGAUAUUUCUGUAUAUUAAUGGUACCUUUUUUAAAAGAAACAGAAAAUUACUUUUUUCUAUAUUAAUUAAUAUCUUACUUGAUCUGCUUUUCCUUGACUUUCCCUUAGAGAGGGGGUAGGGUUGGGUCAGUUUACUGGAUAUGACUGUUUUCAGAUACUUACAAACCUUUUUGUAGAUAUGCUUAAUUUUUAAGCGAUUAGGCACUGAGAGUAGCAGAAAUCCUGCAAAGCUUUAUAGUUCACUAGGCAUUUGCCUUUGUUGGUUCUCUGAGUGAUGUCUUGAUUUGAGUAGCUAGAAUUUUCCCUGAAUCUACUAGAAGGGGUAUCAGUAUUUUCAGGUAACAAAGUCUGUUAGCACAACAAAAACUUCAGACCAAUAUCUUACUGUAUUGGUGUUGGGUUUUUUUUUCCUUGUUUGUUUUGUUUUAAUUUUUAUUAAUUUCAGCUGCUUUCAUUUUGGAAAAUCUUACUGCUAUUGUGUGUACUUCGGUAUACCAGCAAACACUGUUACCUGUUAACACGUUGUCCACAAAUGCCUCUAGAGAAGAAAUUGUUGCACCUUAUGUAUAUCUCAAGCAAACCAAAAUAUUAUGCUUUUCUGCUUUGUUUAUUCUGAAUAUGUUGUAUCAUACUUUACUGAACCCAUUUUAACUUAGCUAAAGCGAUCAAUAUUUAUGCAUUUCACAUUAUUUUCUGGAUCUGAACCUGUGUAUAAAUCUUUCUUUGAAAAAAAAAAGACAAGCAUUUACUGUAGUUGUCCUCUAUGACUUAUCCAUGGGAGGGGGGAAUCUUGUCUCAAGUGUAAAAUGCAGUACUGUCCCAGUUUUCCUUGGCUUUUAUUUAUUUAGUCAUCUUUGAUAUUUCAUAGUUCUGAGGCAUACAAAAUGCAUUGUCAUAGCCAAAGCUACAGAUCUAAGAAGCUGGGAGAAAAUUACUGUAAUGUCUUCUUAAUUGUUCUAGUACUGUAUACAAAUAUGGGAAAUAUGUUCUGCAGAACAUUUGAGAUGCAGAUUCUUAUCCCCACAGUAGGCUAUUUUCCAGGUAUUAGACCAAAUCAAUCAAAACUUCAUAUCUUACAGGUCUUUUCUGACUAAAUUAUUCUGAAAACAUCUAUGGAGAUUACUUAAUGCUCUGCUUUUGGCAGUAAGUACCCCUUGAAUGUGCUGUGAUUUCAGAAAAGAAUAUAUUUAUUUAGCUCUUUUAUACUAAUACGGUAUCCCAAAGUCAGGAGCAAGAGAUUUCUUGGUAGUUUGGGUUUCUAUUUUAUAGCAUUGGUGCAUGACUUUUGAAAUUAAAGUGAUAAGCGUUGUUGGGAAGGGGCACAAGAACAAGGGACUUGCAGAAGCGUGUGGAUUUGUGGUGUUUAAAUUCCAGCUUUGGUCUUUAUCAUUUGGGUGAAAGCUGCCUUUGUAGCACAAGGCUGAAGAGCAUUCUGUAAUUUGUAUCAAGUAGAGAGUUGUAGGUCAUGUCAGUACAAAGGAAUGCCUUAUAGUUUGGAUGCUGUCUUUUGCAACAGAAUAUUAAUUGAAGCAAUUUUAAUUUCCACUGCCUGUUUAGCUACUGUACAGAUACUGAACCAACUGAAAGCAAGUUAUAGACAUGGGGCAGCUAAGAGCAUGUAAGAAAAGGUGUCCUUUAUUCUCAGUAUAGCAACAUUAUGGCAACAAAGGGGAAUUAGAGAAGAAUUUGGAUGUGUAUAUAUGGGGGGGGGGUGGGGUGUGAGUGUGUGUGUGUGUGUGCACCUGUGUGUGCCUGGGUGUGUACAUUCUGCAAAAAAAUUAUGUAGGAAACCAGAAACAUGAUGGGUCUACAAGACACUAUAAUGUAUGUUGACCCUUUUGAGUGCACUCCCUUUUUUUUGAAUGCUGAGUCUAAUAUGGCUACCUCUCCUAAAAGACUACUUUUGUUAACUUCCAUUUGCUUUCCGGCUUGAUCAUGUAAUCUUUUUUGGCCGUUUGAUACCAUUUGUAUAUCACUGUGUGCUUUAUUUUCCAAGAGCAACAUUUAUAUAGCGCAGACACCAUAAAGGCUGAAUGAAUAUACAGUGGUAGCCAAACUGUGUUGCUGGAGCAUUUUUGCUUAACCUCUGCCACAGUCAUAUGGGUUGCAGGACCCACUAGCUCCGCUUAGUUCAGUGAGAUCAGUUUCUGUAAGAGCAGAAGAUGCAGUGCACGAGGGAUGGUGGACUUGUGAUGUUUCCAGAGGUGUCGAGUAAGCCACGUGCUGCUCCUGAAACAGCUUCUAGAGUUUAUGUUCACAGUCCUGAUUUUGCAAGGAAACAUAACUGUGCAACUUGGCUGUUGUGUACCCUACGUUAUCCAUUAGAUGCUGUUUGUUUGCUGUGCUUGUUUGGUACAUUGUAGAGCUCCUUUGCCAUGUUUUGCAACACUCAUGGCAUUCUCCCUACCUUGUACAUAUUUCUGAACUGUCAACUACAGGUGCCAGGGUGCUGAGGCCCUUCAGGACACUGAGUGCCAUGAACAAGUACAUAUUUAGGCUGUGAAAGGGUUACUUGCCUCCUCCCCUGAAUUCCCCAAGAAAAGGGCACAGUGAGGUUUAUGGUCUCACCUAAGUACUACUAUAGUCAUUUAUAUACUCAGUAUUCUGUACUGAAUUGACAACUUUGAAGAAGCUUAAUAAGACAGAUGUCUAUUUCACGUUCCCUGCUAAUUCUUUGAUGGCAGAAAUCUAGGAGGACUUGACAUGAGAUCUCCACUCAGCAGCACAGCCAGGCUCAGGCUGGAAACCCUUCUUCUUCCUUAAGGGGCAGCUGUUCAGGAAAACUGGCUGGGCUCCCAAAUAUAAUGCUCGUCUGCUCUUUUCAGCUUCAAGCUGAAAUCUUGUUUGCACCUCAGUACUGCUACACUCAAAUCAGUGGUUGGGGGUCUUUGAGGGCAGCAAAAGCAGAAGAGGCAUGUACAUGCAUCUGUCUGCACAUGCACACAGCGGAGUGCAAUGACUUUCAGCACAUACUCUGUACUAAAGUGUUCCCGUGUUUGCUCAUAAAACAACUUUGAAGUUUUUCAGACAAUAGUUUUCCAACUUCCUUACUAGAUUUUGGUAUCUUUUCUUCGCAUUACACAGCAUAAGGUGUGAGUUUCAAAAGUCACAUCUGAAAAAAACACAGAUCCUGCUGACCUGGAUGCUACAAAAAUCUUCUUUCUCAGCAGUGCUUGCUUUUAAUAGCCAGUAUCUGUUGACAAUUUCAACACAACUGAUUUGCUGUGAUCUUUUUUCUUGGAGCCCAAUCCUUCAACUUCUAUUCUCACAUGUAUUUCCACUGAAUUUUGACCUAGUAUAUAGUUUUACUCUCUCCAAAGUUUGGUGUAAACAUGCCUUACAAUAGUUCAUCUCCAUCAAUGGUAUAACAGAGCUACUGCCUUCUUAGUUACAUGUAGUUAAAUCAGUAAGCACAUUUAUAGAAUGUCAUACUUUACUCAAAAACCUCUAAUUUGAUACUUCUAAGUGCACAUGUUAAGUCAUGUGUAUAACAUGCUAAAGUACAUCAGACUGUGAUAAUGAAGCUGAAUAAAAUAUUUAAUAAAAUAUUUGAAAUAUUUGAUAA